AUGAAAGAAUGGACCUCACCAGUAUAUGCGUUCUUUGACCCAACACCAUGCAUCAUUGAGAAUGAUGGUUGGUGGACACAUGAGUUCAAGUGUAAUGCCCAGUCCACUGGAAAUAUGUGGAAGCAUGUCAAAUUGUGUUGGGGUGAUGCGGUACUGAAAGCUGCUGAUGAUGCAAAGGAUGCAAGUGAGGUCCACACCAAAAUUGUUCUGGGAAUCCUGCGAGACGGAUCAAUAACAGUGUCCUUUGAAUGCAAGGGGAAGGGGAAGGUGACAUACUCCUACCAUCAACACACCUGCACUGAGACUAAAGCUGAGCUUGUGCAUUGGGUCUCCGAAAGCCUGCAACCAUUCAAGAUAGUCAAAGACUGA